UCCUCUUGUUGUCUCACCCUCAAAGCUAGUCAAUCAUCGAUCACUAUACGAUAAUACGAGUACUAAAAUUCCAUCUGCAACGACUCAGUCUCUUCUCAACCUCCUUAAUAUACUCUCUUCAAAUAUCCUCUUCACCCCCCCUCCCGGCCUCCCCUGCCCUCCCUCCACUCUCUCUCCUCUGCCAACCAAUGAAAACCUGAAUUAAAGAAUCAAUAUAUCAAAAUCAAAUUGAUUAAUUAAUUAUGGGGGGAAAUGGGAAAUUCCUCAAAUUAAAUUUCUCAUUUUACAGAAACUCACAUUCACGUUCGUCAUCAAAAGCUCAGUCUCCACCGCCACCGCCGCCGGAAUACAUCUGCCCUAUAUGCAACUCCCUUUUCACUGACCCGGUUGUUGUAGGGUCGGGUCACACCGUCGACCGCCUCUGUGCUGAGGUUUGUGAGGUUCAUAACUUUAAGCCGGAUUUCCCGGAUGGUACCCGCCCUGAUUUCUCCACUAAAAUCCCCAAUUUGGCCCUCCGCACUGCUAUCCCCACCUGGUGCUCCAAAAACGGUGUCGCUUUACCUCAGGAAAAGGAGAACGUCGCCGUCGAGAGGAUUGUGAAGGAGUUGCUUGAGAAAGAGGAGAGAGAAAAUGGUUUGAUUCGGCCAUCGGAGAGGUUCCUCAUUGACUCGGUAAAGGAUAAGGCUGACCCGGACCUAUCACACGCCGUCACCGAGUUGACUCACCGGGCCAACCGGUUCGAUACGUCGACGAGCUCCGAAGAGUCUGUGAUUGCGGCUGCUAGUCCGCUUACGCCGCUGCCGUUCACCACUCGGCCUGCUUCUUGUUGGUCCCCCUUUCAUACCUCUUCAUCGGAUACCCUAGUUUCUGACGAAGCGAUGAACCCUAACCCUAAUUUUUCCGACGACGAGGAAUUCAUAUCUAAAUUCAAGAGCUGUGACCCGUACGAGCAGGAGCAGGGCGCUAUUUCGCUGAGAAAAGCGACGAGAAAUGACGAAGAAGCUCGGGUUUCUGUGUGUACGCCGCGGUUGUUGCUUGCUCUAGGAUCGCUGCUUUUCUCGAGCUACGAGAAAGUUCAGAUAAACGCCAUAGCUGCGCUGGUGAAUUUGUCGCUUGAGAAGUCGAACAAGUUGAAGAUCGUACGGUCAGGAAUUGUUCCUACGGUGAUUCAGUUGUUGAGAGGGAGAUUGUCAGAGGCCCAAGAACACGCCGCGGGGUUGAUAUUUUCUCUCUCCUUGGAAGAGAAGAAUCGGACUGCAAUCGGUGUUCUAGGCGCUUUGCCGCCAUUGUUGAACUGCUUGUUAAGGUCAGACUCAGAGAGAACUCGGAGUGACGCGGCGCUCGCGCUUUAUAAUUUAUCGCUUGAUCAUAGCAACAGAGUUAAGCUCGUGAAGCAAUUCAACGCCGUUCCGCCGCUGUUGGCGGUGCUGCGGCAGGAGAAGGAGUCUAUCGCCGGGAGAGUUUUACUGGUGCUGUAUCAAUUAGCAGCGAGUACUGAAGGAAAGGCGGCGAUGUUGGAUGGGAAUGCGGUGGAGCAUUUGGUGUGGAUGUUAAGAAAAGGGAAGGGCGAGUUUGAGUCCGAGUCAACUCGUGAAAACUGUGUCGCAGCACUUUACGCGCUGAGUCACGGUAGUAUGAGGUUCAAGGCUCUCGCCAAGGAGGCGAGGGCGGUGGAGGUGUUAAAGGAGGUCGAGGAGAACGGUAGCGAGCGGGCAAAAGAGAAGGCAAGGCGGAUACUGGUGGUGUUGAAAGGUAGGAUAGAGAGUGAGGAUGGGCUUGGGGAGGGGAUCGAUUGGGAGGCGAUUCUGGAACCGGAUGGUGGACUGAGUCGGACUCGGAACCGAGUUGCGGUUGGUCCUGGUUUUGGUAAAACGACCGAGUUUUGACCUUGACUUUGGUAGUUUGGUUUACUUUGUUUUUGGGCAUUAAAUUUUGGGUUCAAGAUCAAGAUGUAAUUAUUGAUGACUAUGUUAGAUUGUUGGUCAAGGGGUUAUGAAUUUUGGGGAAAUUAAUUCUAUUUUUAAUUGUCAGAUUUUUAUAAAUACUUGUGGAUUUUGUAAAUAAUUAGUGUUACAUUUUGGAAAUAUGGAUGGAUUUGGAAGGUAUCUUAUUUGUUUAAUCUGAUACUGUAUAUAUUAACACUAGAAUUUUUGUCUCUGUUA